AGGAAAUAAAGGAGUAUAACUGAACUGCUUUGCCCUGCAGGAAAACACACAAUUUAAAUGUCAGCUUGUGAAACACACAAAAUUAAGGAUGAAAAUUUAAAAAUUUGUAGUGGUGAUUCCCAACAGGUGACAAGGUUAGCUUGGGAAAUAUAAAGGAAAUACAUUAGUCACUUUGUGUAAAGUAGGAUUACCUAUAUACAAAAUGAUUUAUUACAACAUAUAAAAUGUUGUAAUCAGUCUCAAAGUUAUUACAGAUUUCAUAAACAUGUAAUUUUGGACAUUGCAUUGGAUUUGCUUUUGAAGUCAAAAGAUGCCUUACAGUACACUGGAUGACUUUGAACCUUUGUCAACAAUUGGAUCAGGAUCCUAUGGAACUUGCAAGAAAAUUAGACGAAAGAAAGAUGGCAAGAUUUAUGCUUGGAAAGAGAUGGAUUAUGGAUCCAUGACAGAAUCAGAAAAACAAAUGUUGGUGUCAGAGGUUAACCUUUUACGAGAACUAAAACACAAGCAUAUCGUUAGAUACUAUGAUAGAAUCAUUGAUCGUAGUAACACCACCAUUUAUAUAAUCAUGGAGUUCUGUGAUGGUGGAGACCUGGCAACACUAAUAUCCAGAUGUAGAAAAGAUGGAAUAUAUAUGGAGGAACAAUUUGUAUGGAAGAUGCUCAUUCAAAUGACUCUAGCCUUGCAAGAAUGUCAUCGACGCAAGAAUGGAAAAGCAGUGCUACAUCGUGAUUUGAAACCAGCCAAUAUAUUUCUAGACAUUGAUAAAAAUGUGAAGUUAGGAGAUUUUGGACUUGCCAGAGUGCUACAUCAUGAGACAAGUUUUGCUAAAACAUAUGUUGGAACUCCAUAUUAUAUGUCACCUGAACUUGUGAAUAACAUGUCAUAUAACGAGAAGUCAGAUAUAUGGUCGAUGGGUUGUAUGUUAUAUGAGCUGUGUUCCUUACAUCCUCCAUUUACUGCCAGUAACCAAUCAGAACUCAACAAAAAGAUUUGUAUGGGAGAAUUUAAUAGAAUUCCCAUCAGAUAUUCAAGUGAUCUCAAUGAAGUUAUAGCCAAACUACUUAGAGUUGAGGUUCAUAGAAGACCAGGAAUUGAAGGUAUAUUACGAGAUCAAAGAAUACAAAGACAGCAACAGCUAUUAGAAAGACAUCUCUCCUCAAGUAGGGAAUCAGAAUCAUCCAAAAGUUCUGACGAUAUUGGAGUUAGAGAAAAAAGAGUAGAAGCCAAAGAGAAAGAACUUGAGACUAGAGAAAAAGAAGUUUCAAGAAAAGAAAUAGAAUUAGAAGAAAAAUUAAAAAAGUUAGACCAACUGAUGAAAGAAUAUAAAAGAAAGGGCAGUUGUAUAGAUAUUAAUUCUGCAGGGGAUGCAGUCGCAGAUUUGUCAAUAGACAAUCCACAUUCCUCAUGUCUAUCCAAAGGAAAGAAAGAUCCUGAUACACCAAAGAAAAAGGUUUCCUUUGAUAUGUAUGGCAAGGAAAAUCUACGUCAACGAGAUCAGAGAGUUUCAGAGCUACUAACUAAAUAUAGUGAACCUGAAACCUAUGACAGCCUUUAUACUCAGGAACUAGUCAAGAGACAUGAACUCAAAGACAGAUUAUUCAAAGCAAAAUUAAAAGCUUUAGAAAUAAGAGGACUUGAUUAUGAUGUUCGACCAAAAUCUAAAAACUUACUGCACUUUAGAUAGCUGUGAUAUCUAGUUAAUUAUUUAUUUAUUAUGAAAGUUUGUUCCAAAGAAAAUGUUGUUUUAAUAGGGCUCAAUAAUUUUUAGUGGUAUUUAUUUAUUUUUGUUACUGCAAAAAUACAUGAUGUAUGAUUGUAAUUUGUAUGUUGCAACUGUCACUUUUUAUAUUUGGAGACAUUUUUUUUCAUUACUAUUUUUGUGACAGAUACUGCUAAGAUUUCAGCACAAUAUUGCAAGAAUGUAAGGUUGGGAAGAUUUGGGAUUUACCUCUGGAAACCAGAAAGAUUAAACACAUAAAAGUUUUAAAAAAAAAGUCAUGUAAAUUUUGGUUUUGAACAAAGAAAAGAUUAAAUUCUUGGCUUUUUUUAUCCUGAAAAUUUCAUGAAAGUAAAACAAAUACUAUGAUACCAAUAAUGACAACUUUUAAUCUGAUUUGAGGUUUCAUUUUAAAAUAAUAACAUAUUUUGCUAUUUUUUUCUUGCCUGUGAUAAAAAUUGUGGAAAGAGAGACAUAGUGAUUGCUUUACAGUGACUACAUCAGCAAUUUUUUAGUUUUCUGCUCAAGUUAGUAUAAUAUAAAUCAGUACAUAUCAGUUUGGCAUUGUCCAGUGACUUUCAAUUAAUGAUGCUGGCCAUCAGAUGGUUUUUUUCUGAUUCUGAUGCUGCCAGGCAAGACAUAUCCAUGUGUCAACAGUUUAUAUUUUAUAUGAAACAUGAGAUUUUAUACUUUUUACCAAUAUCCGUCCUUUUAUAUUAUUGUUUGAUUUACAGCAUUAAAACCAAAUGCUACAAUCCCCACAUUUUUCAGGAACUUAUAUAUUAUCAUAUUUUAACUUAGAGAAACAUAAAC